AUGCCUGUCCGUGUUCAUUCGAGCCCGCUGCUGCGAACCAAACUAGCAGCGUCUACUGCACUCAUCGCAUGCCAGGCCACCAUUGCAACACUAGUCAGGUACUCGGCUAACGGCCGGGCAAGCAUGGCAGCUCUCGAAGCGUCGCUUGAGCUCCUCGCUUCUAUUACUGUCGGGAUCAUGGUGUAUGUGGGACACAAGCACGCCGUCCGCUCUUCAGCACUUGUUGCCCUCUACCUCAUAUUCACGUUCUUCAACGAUAUUCGAAGAAGUCGACUAUUUUUCCUGCAACCUGGUUUGUCUGUGUUCGGUAAUCUUGCCGCUGGCAGUGCGGCUUUGCGUCUUUACUUGCUCGUUCUCGAGGAAAUGCCCAAGAAAAACUUACUGGCUCCGGCCGGAACCCCUGACUUACAAAUCCUGGGCGUCUCAACCGGAUACUUCAGCAGAGUGCUUUCCUGUUAUCUCAAUCCAGUAGUUGUUGCCGGCUUCUAUCGCCAGUUGGGCCCUCAAGAUAUCGGUGACUUGGACCCAGAAUUCUCGUCUCAAGUGUUACACGAGAGACUCAAGAGACAGUGGGUUCGCCGCAGCAGCAAUAAGUCUCGACAUCGCUUACUCCUCUCCUGUCUUGGCACCUGGAAAUGGGAAAUUUUGCAAAUCAUGGCCGUUCGUCUCGUCAACAUUGGCUGCCUUCUUGGGCAACCUAUUCUGAUGGAAGAGAUCAUCAAAGUCGUAGAGAUACGCCGUCACCCCGACAAUCAUAUUCCUCUGCUCAAAAGAUUUGAUCUCCAGGGCGCAACGGUCUUGGUUUUCGUUGGCGUGGCUGUGUCCAGAACAGCGGCAGCAUACUUGUCAAACCGUCUCACAGCAAAAGUUCGUGGCGGACUCAUUGCUCUGAUGAUGGAAAAGAUUCAUCAUAUCUGCGAGCAAGAUGCGCAAAAUUCGGAAUUGCUCACUAAUUUGAGCACCGACAUUGAAAUCGUCAUCGAGGAACUCAGCGCAUGCAUUGACGUGCCUAUGCUAUUUCUCGAAACCUCAAUCGGCAUAUUGUUCCUCUCGAGGUUCAUUGGUAAAACUUGUUUUUUUGCUGUGUUGCCCGCUGCUGGGAACACUCUCUGCUCAUUCUUCUUGGGUCGAGGGACAGUACCUGCACUGGUCAAUUGGACUGAGAAAACCAAGACUAGAGUCGCGAAAACGACCGAGGUGCUGAAACAACUCCCUGGAAUUAAGAUGCUCGGGCUUGGACCUGUCGUGCGUGAUUAUAUCCAGCGCCUUCGCGUCGAGGAAAUGCAAGCAGCAAUGCCAUAUCGGUAUUUCAUGGGCCUUCUCAACAUGCUAGAGCAGUUUGCGGAUCUGGGGACCCCGGCUAUCGUCAUUGGGGCCGCAUUCGUGAGCGGUGGAUUUAACGGGAAACUGGAUCCCACCCGAGUGUACCCAGUGCUCGCCGGAGUCAGACUCGUUCAAGCUCCCACCAACAAAGGCGUAAUGGCUUAUUCAUCAGUCGCGCAGUUGGUCGCAUCCCUGGGCAGAUUUCAAGAAUUUCUGCUUCUCCCAGAGCAAACGGAUUCACGCGUUAGAUGGGAUCCCUCGGCAUCACUUGACACAUUCGACGAAGUCUUGACAGACGGUGGCUCAGCAAGGAGAACACCUAAAUCGCCGGCUCACAGCCCCGUAGGAAUCAUACAAUUCGUGAACGCCAGUAUUGGAUUCGCGGGUGUCGAGGAAGCUCUGCUUUCUGGUAUCAAUUUCGUCCUCUCCAGGGGAUCUGUAUCGGGCAUCGUCGGAGCAACGGGCUGUGGCAAGACGACUUUCCUCCGGAGCAUUCUCGGUGCGGCGAAGACAUUCGGCGGAUUCGUCUAUGUUGACCGUACAGCUAUUGCCUACUGUGGCUCGACUGUAUGGCUCAGAGAUGUUUCUAUCCGGGAAAAUAUCGUUGGGUAUCUGCCGUUUGAUCCAGUACGGUAUGAAAUAGCCAUACAGAGUUGCCAACUCGUCGACGAUUUCGCGAGACUUCCCAAGGGUGACGAGUAUAUUGUCGGCCCUGGUGGGCUAAACUUGAGCGGCGGUCAGCGCCAGCGCGUGUCUCUAGCUCGGGCUGUUUAUUCUCGCUGCAAGAUCACGAUCAUUGAUGACGCUCUGAACUCACUUGACGGAACCACAGCUGUGGCGGUCUUACAGGCUCUCUGUGGCGUGGAUGGAGUUCUCAGGCGGUCAGGGUCUACAGUGUUGCUGUCAACGUAUUUACCCGAAGUCUUGAAUGUUGUUGAUCAAGUUAUCACUUUGAACAACCAAGGACAAGUCUCAUUGGAUCGAAGCAGCUUUCGCAGCCCUGGCCAAUACCAAACCCUGGCCAACGUCCUAGUAUCGGCUAUGCCCGUUAUACGCGACGGAGCUGAGAACAAGGAGAAAGCGGCAAUUCGGAGACUGCAAUCACUCGACAUCAAAAAGGUUUAUCCACAAGCGAGCUACGAUGGCAAGCACGAUAAUGACUGGAGGAUGUACGUCGUUUUCAUCGAAAGCAUUGGAAAGUUCAAGUUCCUAUGGCUGUUGGUCCUUGGAGCUCUCCUUCCUCUUUCAGAAUUUCUCCCCGAAUUCCACAUCCGCGACUGGACUGAUUACGCGCCUAACGACGCCUCCUGGCUCACUCACUAUUAUUUGCUCAUUGGCCUUGCGUGCGCUCUAGUGACAGUGUCUUAUUGGCUGCUCUACAACUACUUUGCCUUCCGUGCAGCCACCAAACUACAUGAGGAGAUUCUUGACACUACCAUGCGUGCGACCCUGGGGUUUCUGACCACCACAAAGACUGCAGAUAUUCUCACCAUGUUCGACGAGGAUGCACGCAACUGCGCGAGGAUGUUGCCGUAUCAUUUCUUCAGAACACUAUACCAGGGCUUCUCAACAUGUAUGGCCGUCGCUAUUGUGAUCUCAGUCUCGAGAUAUAUGUCGGUGGGGUUGCCUAUUAUCCUUCUGGCUCUCUACUUUAUUCAGCGAUUUUACCUGCGGAGCUCAAGACAGCUUCAAGAAGCUUAUGUGCAAGAGAAGGCACCGCUAUUCACUUUCUUUUCUGAAACAGCAAGCGGCGUAUCAUACAUCCGCGCGUUCGGCUGGCAGGAGAGAAAUAUCAAGCGGGGACAUGAUCUCCUAGACAUAUCCCAAAGAUCUUUCUAUCUGGAUUGUUGCGCUCCACAAGGGCUAGGGUUCGUGGUAAGUCUCUUGGCCGCCGGGCUGGCACUGCUCUUGGUUUCAGUUGUCAUCUGGAUCCCAGAGGACACUUCAGGAUCCGUUGUAGGGAUGUCGCUUCUGAAUCUCUUUACUAUACAAUCGAUAUUUCAGUUCUUCAUUCUCGCCUGGACUGGCUCAGAGAUGUCGGUCGCCGUUCUCAAAAAAAUGGAGAGAUUCAAACGUACAACUCCCCAGGAGCCAAUUCGCCCCCCACCUGAAGACCUUCCGGAAGGAUGGCCCCUGGCCGGCGACGUGGAGCUAUCAAAUGUCUCGGCUCGGUACAGGGAAGCCCGAGAUGUGCCACCCGUCAUUCGGGAUGUGUCCCUGAUCAUCGAACCAGGCGAAAGGAUUAGCUUCGUUGGACGAAGCAGCAGCGGCAAAACCUCUCUCAUGCUGACUUUGCUGGGUUUCCUCCAAUAUUCGGGCGUGGUGGAGAUUGAUGGUGUCGAUAUUGACACUGUCACUCCAGACUUCUUGCGAUCCCGUGUCAUCACAAUGACACAGGAAGCUGUCCAAUUCAACGAUACUAUUCGCAGAAACCUUAUCCCCUUCGACAUGAAUGAGGAAGAAAAGGACGACGAGUUGGCAGUCAGACAAAGAGCAAGGAGGGAUACAAUGCUCACACACGUCCUCCAGCAGCUCAACAUCUGGAAUAAGCUGAGCGACAAAGGUGGGCUGGACGCUAUGCUACAGGAUGUGGGUUACUCCAAAGGCGAGAUGCAGCUGCUGUCUGUAGCGCGAGGCACUGUGCGCCGCCUGGAGACGGGCAUCAAUCUCAUCAUGAUGGACGAGGCAACAAGCAAUCUAGAUCCACUUCGAGACGACGCUACACAUCAGUUCAUGGAACAAACAUUCCAGGGCUGUACAGUCAUCAUCAUCUCUCAUCGCCAGGAAGUCAUCCAAACUACGGAUUGCGCCCUCAGGCUUAAUGAGGGUGAGCUGAUCAAUGUUGAGAUACCAAACAACCCCCUCACCUGGCUAGGGGCUCCUCUACCGACCCUGCCCGAGAGUGAGAUGGAGGAGUCUGGCUUUGACUUUGAAGGGGGUUCUGGAUCUGCCUCUCAGCCGGUGGUUAUUCCCUAA